GUUUCAUCUACAAGCAUGGUAAAUGAAUCGACAUCCAAAUCACCUUCCGAUGACUCACUCAACACUCAUGAGCGAGCUCGUUUGAUGAAAAGAGGACAUCGACUUCAACGGCUUCGACUGCCUACUACACCUUAUGUUCCGGAAGCUUCCCCAUGUACACCGUGCUCUGUAUUUUCAUUCGAUCUUCCCAACAGUCCUGUGAUUAUGACAGGACGUCCGAGGUUCCAUCGAUCGGUCAGCCAUGGAGCACCACUCACUCCAAGAAGCAUUUUCUCAUUUGAUACAGCUUUCGAUUUUGCAUCUCCAAAGAGUCCCCGGACUCCGCGGACGCCGAUGACCCCUAUCACUCCAAAAACUCCCAAAACACCGAAGUUCCCCGAGCUACCGACAAUUGAGGAGUCAAGGAAUUCUUUCAGUUUCGGAAUCCCAGCCAAGGAAGAUGCAUCCACAGAAGACACUACCUCCACUGACAGUUUGUCAGGAAAAACCGAUUGGAAAUCAAUAAGAUUGAUUAUGAUUGUUAUAUUGUUAACCCGAAUACAAUUUACUGUAUACUUUGCCUCACUAUGGCCUUUUCUACAAGAGAUCGAUAGCACUGCCACGAUGCAAGACUUUGCAAUUAUCAAUGCUGCAUACAGUGUUGGUAUGGCUGGCUCCGCACCGUUUUUUGGUUAUUUGUCGAAUAAGCUCGGAUGUAUUCGAACUCCAUCACUGUACUCAAUGGUGCUCAUGCUUAUCACGAAUUUUAUGUAUAUGUUUUUGCACGCCAUUUCCGGAUACGGUAAAUAUACAAUGGGCGUGGCUAGGUUCCUGGGUGGAAUUGCAGCAGGUGGAAACUCAUUAUUACCAACUUACUGGACUUAUGCAGCAGCACCAGCGGAUCGUUCAACAGCAGCUGCACUCUUCGAUGGUGCUUUUUGUUUAGGAAUCGCUUUAGGACCAGUUUUCCAACUGGUCUUUGCGCCACUCGGCUUUCCCGGAGCUGUACUUGGUCACAUUCAAAUCAAUAUGUAUACUAUGCCUGCAAUUGUUGCUAACAUAUUGGUUGGAAUCACCGUCAUAAUGAUGGCGUUUUAUUUCAACGAGGCUCCAAUGUACAGCGAUGAGAAACGCGGGAGUGUUGAUAGCUCAGAUUCACAAUCCUCUUACAUCUCGCUACCUCCAUUUGACAAAGUCGCUGUGUUCUGCUGUAUAUUUGCAAAAAUGGUGCAAAUGUUUAUUUAUGCAAACAUGGAGACUAUUGGCUCAAUGUACACUCAACAGAUGUUCAAUCUUACUCGAACAGAAACCACUGAAUUCAACUCUGUUCUCGUUUCGUUGUCUGGUUUUAUAGGAUUCGCAUUUCUACUCACUUAUGUAUGGACAAAAGUAGGAAAACGGGUUGACAAUCGCGUUGGAGCUUUGGCGGGUGUGUUAAUCUGCGUUGCAUUUUUAUUCACAACUUAUUCAUGGCCAUUCUAUAGUGGAAAUAUAGAAAGUGAUGAGUGUCACUCGCCCUGGUGUGCACAUACACCUGGAAUAUCAUGGGUACUUUAUGCUGUCUCCUACGUGAUAGUGUUCGGCAUUGGAUUUGCUCUUUUGAAUGUUCAUCUAGCGGCUAUGUACGCAGGGGUGCUUGGACCACGCCGGCAAGGAACAAUGCAUGGAAUAAACUCGUUACUUGCAAGCUGCAGUCGUGUCCUUGGGCCCAUUGCUGUCACGGACAUGUUUGGAUACUUUGGACCCCAACUCGUUUGGGUAUUCCAAUUUGGCGUUUGGGCAAUACUUCUCACUAUAUUCGCCAUAUUCUAUAAACGACUGGUACCGUUGGAAUUGCCAAAGAUAGCAGAAGAUGAAGAGGAAGAAGUAAAGAAGCCACUUCAAUAA